GUAAUAUAUAUGUUUUUAUGAAAGUUAAUAAUACACUUCUAAACUCCAUGGCUUUGGCUUUAAUGAGUCUAUUCUCUGUGGGUUUACAAACUCCAUGCCUUUGGCUUUAGCUCUCACUUCCAAUACUUUUUCCAUCAUCAUCUUCAUCUUCCUCUUCCCCCAAAUUUCUGAAUGAAUAACCUAUUCUUAUCCCCCAAAUCCCUAGUUUCAUCCAAUGCCUUCCCUUCUUUACUCUUUCCCCUCCCAUCGUCAAAACCUAACCCUAUUUUCCCUUCAUUCCAAUCAAUUUCAUCCAAUUUGCGGAAUUCUGUCGUUAAUUGCAGAGGAAUCGAAAUUUCCAUCCUAAAUAAUCACUCAAAUUCACUCAAUUCUUCCAGUAAUGGCUCAACUGGACAUGCGAAAUUGAAAAAUGUAGGGGUUAAAGAUGUCGAUAUUGCGACGUUUGGAAAUCUUUGCGUUGAUAUUGUUCUCGGUGUUCCUCAACUUCCGCCGGAACCUUUGUCUGAAAGGGAAGCUUAUAUGGAAGAUUUGGCUUCUUCACCUCCAGAUAAGCAAUAUUGGGAAGCUGGUGGUCACUGUAAUACAGCUAUUGCAGCAGCUAGACUUGGUCUUCGAUGUCGUGCUAUUGGUCAUGUGGGUAAUGAAAUUUACGGGCGUUUUCUUCUGGAUGUGCUACAUGAUGAGGGAGUAAGUUUUGUUGAGAUGAUUGAUGAUCUUGACUUGAUAAGGAGUACAACAGAAGCAUAUAAGACCCUCCUUUGCUGGGUUUUGGUGGAUCCAUUGCAAAGACAUGGUUUUUGCAGCCGGGCAGAUUUUAGUGAAGACCCUGCAUUUGGUUGGAUGAAUGACCUGUCAAGGGAUGUAAAAUCGGCUAUCAAACAGUCAAAGAUUUUGGUUGUCAAUGGUUAUGGAUUUGAUGAACUCUCCCCUGGCUUUAUUAUAUCAGCUUUGAGGUAUGCUGUGGAAGCAGGGACUUCUGUUUUCUUUGAUCCUGGGCCCAAGGGAAAAUCUCUAUCGACUGGAACUCCUGAAGAACAAAGGGCUUUUGAUGAGCUUUUGAAGAUGAGUGAUGUUGUUCUUCUAACUGCUGAUGAGGCUGAAUCAUUGACUGGCAUUGGCAAUCCAAUAUUGGCUGGGCAAGAGCUGCUUAAACGAGGGUCAAGGACUAAAUGGGUUAUCAUUAAAAUGGGAUCAAAGGGUUCACUACUUGUCACUUUGUCUGGAACUUCUUGUGCCCCAUCAUAUAAGGUGGAUGUUAUUGACACUGUCGGAUGUGGAGAUAGUUUCGUGGCUGCAGCAGCAUUUGGUUUUGUGCACCAGUUGCCAAAAAUCCAGACAUUAGCUAUAGCUAAUGCAGUUGGUGCUGCUACAGCAAUGGGCUGUGGCGCUGGCAGGAACGUUGCAACUUUAGCAAAGACAAUGGAACUCAUCAAGGCCGGUGAUUUAAAUGAGGAUGAUAAGUUUUGGAGCGAGCUUCUUGAUAAAAGCACUGAUGUUGAGGAGUUUACGCUGCUUUCAAAGAAAGUAGUAGACGAUAUAGAUAGCCGACUGAAACAUGUGCCUUUACAAAAUCUGAUCCCUGAUUUGAUAAGUAAACUUGAAUUAACAAAGCUAUUUUCUAAACUCUGCGCAUCUGAACAAUAGCUAUUUGUUAGUUAUACGAUCAUCGAUUCUUGAUUUGUUGACAAUGCCUCAUUCUCCAUCUCCUUCAUCUCCCUUGUAUUUCAGAGUCGACGGGUCAUGGGAUGAAUUUUGGUUCACUGCUAAAGAUCAUUACUGAUUAGAUACGUUGUAAUGAAACUGUUUAUUUGAUAGUAUUAGUUGACACUAGAGAGUGAUAGCAGGGUUGUUACAUACAUCCAAUUAAAAUUGUGACUAAUUAUGUUGAUCGUUUACUCAUUAAGGCUUUAGUUGCUCAAUAAUAUAGCAAUUUUCAUUUUUCACAUUGCAAAAAUAUUGUGAUUAUAUUUCACCAAAAGACAUUAAACUCGGUUAUA